AUGGAUGACGAUGGCUGGCAGCUCCUUCCAAAACCAGCUAAAAGAUUGAAGAAACUGACCUGUUUCGACAAGUGUAUUUUUUGCCAGACGGGUAAUGCUAAUCUGCGUGUUGCAAAGCCUUCUUCACUAGAGAAAGUUGUUUCUGCACUUAAGCAACGACAAGAUGAGGUAUCGUAUGAUAGCAUGUGUUUUGUUUAUUGCUCCAUAUUGUACAUAUUACACAGCCAGCGAGUCUCUUAAUCAAAUCGCCCACGUAAACGCCUUCUGGUCGGCGUUUUUCUACGUUUGAAAUAUUCUUAAACAUUUUUAGGUGUCGCAACGCCUCACACCUAAUGAUCUUUGUCAUGUGGAGGGAAAACACGUUUUGUGGCACUCGUCCUGUUACGAAGCAUUCACCAGUAAGCAAAACCUACAAUUUUCAGAAUCCAAAACGUCAAAUAAUCCUGUUGAUGUCAAAGUUGGCAAACGAGGCGGCACAUUAUUUGAUUGGUCGAAGUGUAUGUUCUGCAGGAACGCAACACGUAAGAAGGACAGAAAUCUUAUAAAUAUUGUCACCUUUGAAGCAUGUAGCACCAUAAAAGAAUCUGUAGAAGCACGAGUGGAUCACCAACUGCUUGACGUACUUCAAUCAGUUAAUUAUGAUCUUAUAGCAGCAGGAGGGAAAUACCACAAAGCAUGUCAUGCUUCUUAUGUCAGCAAAGUAAAUAUUAAACGCAUGCAGCGCGAUACUUCCACAAUUGAUGAAAACCCUUUUGAUGAAGCCUUUAACCAACUGGUAAAGACCAUAACGACUGAAAUAAAUAACGGCAAGGCCUACGACAUGAACAUUCUUUUAGCUAUGUUUAAAAAGGACUUUGAAAAACUAUGCAAUGCUGGAGAAAGCUACAUGAAGCAAAAGCUGAAAGCGCGAUUAGUGGCCCAUUAUAAGGAAGACCUUGUGUUCCACCAGCCACCUCAACAAUCCAAACCGGAGAUAGUGUAUAGCAGUUCCAUAUCUUUGGUUGAUAUCAUAAAUGCGGCAAUCAACUCUCCGCCACCAGACACGACAAUCUGUAUAUCCAAGGAAAAAAUGAACGCAUCCACGUCCGAAUUCUUCGACAUCUAUGCUGUAGCAACUCAAGUGAGACAAGAG